CUGGAGGAGAGCAGGCAGCAGAUCGCAGCCUUGCAGGCGGGGCUGCUGAAGGUCGUUCCUCAGGCUGUGCUGGACAUGCUCACCUGGCAGGAAGUGGAGAAGAAAGUGUGUGGAGACCCUGAGAUCACUGUGGAAGCCCUGAAGCGACUCACACGCUAUGAGGACCUGGAAAUGAGUGACGUCAGAGUGCAGUACUUAUGGGACGCACUGACGAGCUUCACCAAUGAGGAUCGCAGCAGGUUUCUGAGGUUUGUAACCGGUAGAAGUCGUCUUCCUGCGCCUAUCUACGUCUUUCCUGAUAAAGGCAUGGAAACAACUGAUGCACUUCCACGCUCGUCCACUUGUUCCAGCACUCUGUAUUUACCCAACUACCCAAGUGCAAAGGUUUGUGAGGAGAAGCUGCGUUACGCUGCUUAUAACUGCGUGGCCAUCGACACCGACAUGAGCCCCUGGGAAGAGUGAUCAUCUCUUGCUGCUUACCCGAACAAACACUUUUCAAAUCACUGAUGAAUGAAGAAAGAUCUCGCCAAUUGUAUCCACAUAUCGACACAACUGCCAAUUAAUCAUAGCUGUAUAUAAUAAAGAACUCUAUGGAAACAUGAAA